GUUGCUUUAGUAACUUUUCUUAACCUCAAAGUUAUUGAUUCAACAAUACCUGGUACUAACAGGCACCAACAUUCUUACAGAUAUUGUUGUACUAACACUAUUUAAUUGUAUAAGAAUAAAAUUCAAACUGUUUUAACAAUGGGUAGUAGUGUUACGGAAUCAAUGUCUUCAGAUGUGUUGGAUUUGACAAAUUUUGAUACUUGUGGACAUUUGAGUCCUUUUGUAUUGACUAGUCCGCGUUCACUAUUAGCGUGUCGCAAGGCUAAAAUAAAGCCUAAUGAGUUAUUAUACAAGAGUGCUGCGGAUAUAUCUAAAGACCUUGAUGUGUCAAUCAAGUUAGCUUAUCCAGUUUAUCAACAGCAUGAAAAAAUUAGACAAGAAAAACUUGAAGCAUGUAGACAAGAGAGAAAUAAAUUGUUGCACUGUGAAACUAUAACUGGUAGUACAUCAACACGAAAAAAAAGAAAAAAAUGUCUGAGAAAAGAAAUGUCGUUCUAUCGAAACAAUAUUGCUUCAAAUAUGCGACGCACCAAGUCUAUUCAAAAUAAAUUAAAUGAAGACGAAAAAAACGUAUAUCAUAAUGUCACGAAAAGACGAAAACGCCGUUGUAAAAAAUCGAAAAGCAUAAGUGACCUGAUGGAUUUAAAAGAACUGUGUAAAGAAGUCGACAGGAUUGCAAUCCUCGAAAGGCGUGAACCAAACAUGAUGACUGACAAACGGAAAACUGUAAAAAAACGUUCGCGAUCUGGGAACGCAACUCGAAGCUUAAUGGAUAUAAGUGGUAUUCAUAUACCAGACCAAGACCGAAAGAUUUUGGAUAGCAUGAGGCGAAAACGUGAAGAAAGACAGUAUGGAGAGGAUCUAGCGCAUAGAGUAAAUAUAUUCUGGGAACAAAUGCGGGAAGAGGAAAAACGAUUAACUAAAGAACAAAAGCAAAAAUGGCAAGAUUUUAUAACGGCAAAACGAAAUGUAGAAAAUGGAGUUAAACAUAUGCGUUUGGAUGAACUGCGCAUGGCAUUUGAGAAUAACCAAAGACAGUUGGAAGAACAUAUGAUACAAAAAGACAUAAAAGUUAAUGAACUCAAACAACAAAUUGAAGACCGAAAGUUGUUUGAAAACGCAUUAAAACAAGACACUGAGUUCAGGAAGCAUAAAAUCGCAAGCGAUAAUAAUUUUUAUGAACAAAUGAACACUCUUCAACACAAAAAAAGAUUGCAUGAUAUAAAUCUUUUGAAACAGAAAAAAGCGGAUGAAAUAAGAAAUAAAUCACUUCAAAUAAGUCAAGAAAGAAUUAUGUCGUCAAAUCGUAUGGAGGAAUUGCGACAUGCUGUGCAAUUAGAGCGAAUUCAAGCACGGCAUGAUGAUACGAUCCGUCGCAAGUUUGAUGAGUGUCAAGCGAAAGAACGCAAAGCUUUUCAAAAUCAUUUAGACAAAAUGUCCAUGCGUAUGCGAGAGUUAGCUAAUAAAAGUUUACAGAGGGAACAACACAUGGGUCAGGUUCAUAGAGUAGCUAGAGAACUUGAAGAUGGAAUGCAAAGAUGGCAAGAUCGUAUAAUGUUAAUGCAAUAUGAGCAAUUAAGAAGAGCUAAAGAAAAUGCGGCUCUGUACACUGAUAAUAAAAAACUUAGAACUGAGAUAGAAAAUAAACGUAGAAUCUUAGAGCAUUCUGCUAAAAUACAAAGAGUGAAAGAAGCUGAACGAGCACGAUUGUGCAAUAUCAAAAAAGAAAUUGAAGAAGAAGAAAAGAAAAUAAGAAGAAUUAAACAGAAAAAAGAUUUAGAAAUUCAAAUGGGUCGAAAACUCGCAUUAAGUACAGCUGAGUUAAGAAAAGAAAUUAGACGCAGUACAGAAUUGGAUUUGUUUACCCAACGAUGAUGAAUAUUAUUCAAUAAUAUUUAUCAUAAAUAUAAAUUAAUUAAUAUUAAUAUAAAAUUUGAAUGUAAUACAUCUAUAAUAUUAUAAGGAGAAAAUAAAUUAGAUAAAUGUUUUAGUUUUUAUUUAUCAGUUAUCUCAAGAAACUGUUUAGACAUUAUUUAAAAAUAAAUUCUCAACAUCAGCUUAGCUCGUAACAUCAAUAACCGUGAAAUAUUCAAAAUCACCAAAUUAUUAAACUCAAUAAUAAAAUUCGAAUACACAAAGAGACAACUUGGCCCUCCCCAAUGUCAUCAUUGACAAAAGUAUGGACAUACACGCAACUACUGCUGCCACAAACCGCGAUGCGUGAAAUGUGGAGCUGAACACUUCACUGAUAAUUGCACAAAACAACUGGAGGAACCAUCAAAAUGUGCUAACUGUGGCGGAAACCACACUGCCAAUUAUAAAGGUUGCCAAACCUUCAAAACAAUAUUAAGCCUCAUCAAAUCCAAAUCCAAAACCAAAACAACAAAAAGAGAUAAUCAACACACACAUACUCAAGCUGUACCACCUGCAUUCCACAGAAGUGGGCACGAUACGCUACGCUCAAACCCAAGGGAAAAACUCACAUAUUCCGAAGCCACAGCAAAUACACCACCAUCCGAUCAACUUCUUCAAAUCGUCACAAAUCUCAUUAACGAGCUAAAAUUAAUCCUAAACCCCCUCCUAGCUGCUUUAACAUCCCUAAUAAAUAAAUUUCCACUCCUCAUCACUCCCACUCCUUAAUUAACACACUAUCUUCCGAUCAUCCAUACCAUAUUCCAAUUAAAUUCUAAAUUGUAUUAAUUGAAAUAACAAACUUGUAAUAACAUGCAAUAUGUUGAAACAUUUUAAUUAUAAUAAAUAAAAAAAAUAAAUAAUAAAUAAAUAAAUAAAUACAUUCUUAC